CUUGUUAUAAAUCGGCCUAGUCCCUCCAACACUUCCGCUUUAGUUUUUGCGAAAGACUGAGUCAUGUCGGGUUCCUUAGGGGACAAAUAACAAAACAGUAAUAGCUUUAGAAAUGUAGCUAGGUUAGCUAAACACCGCGGGUUUGUUAACGCGUCGUCGGUAGCGUCGGUUCGAUCGGUAAGGUUAGCAUUAAGCAAAAUUUAUCGUCAAGAUGAUGUUGAGUCCGCAGGAGAUGUGUUUGGGUAAGAAGACUGUUCUUCCUUCUCUGUUGGCUAAGCGACCUCUUACUCUGGGUAUAUCGUCUGAAACCCGGGCGCCCAGGACCGCUGCUGUUAGAGACGGUUCUCUGCCAACGUCCCCCGCGUCGGAUUGCGAGGAGUUAGACGCAGAGCACUUCAAGGAAUAUGAAACUUUGGACAGAGACACUUCAGAUAUCGUCAGUGACUUUUUGCAGAACUUCACCGGGCUGUCUCCGUCCUAUGGUCGGCACAGUGAGGUUGUACAGACAAUGAGGCGGGUGGUGGACGGCCUGGUGGUGAAGCAUGAGCUCGUCUACAAAGGUAUGCUUACUAGGCUGGGUAUGGAAGACCGAGGAGAUGACAUGCAUAUAAUUAGGACAGUAGCUAAGGAGCUCUUCAGCGAUGGCAUCACCAACUGGGGUCGCAUCGCCAGUCUGCUGGCCUUUGGGGCAGUGGUGUGCCAACACCAGAACCAGAUGGGCCGAGGUCACUGCGUGAGUCUUGUGGGCCAAGAGAUUUCCUCAUAUCUUCUUUUAGACCAAAAAGACUGGCUACUGAAAAAUAAAGCAUGGGAUGGCUUUGUGGAGUUUUUUCAUGUUCCGGAUCCUGAGUCGAAAAUGAGGAACGCAUUAAUGGCCUUGAUUACUGCGGCAGGUGUUGGAGCAGGACUUGUCUUUUUGACAAGAUAAGUUCAGUGGACCUUGUGAAGGAACUGUGGACUUUUUUUUAAUUUUCAAAGAAAGAGCAUUAUGAGAAGACUGGACUUAUCAAGAGGACACUUGUAAAAGCAAAAAUAUUUUUGGUUACAUAAGUGGCUUAGGCACUUGUCAUACUUUUUAUGAGAAAACGGAAUUUAUUUUUAUAUUAAAAUCUUUAUUAGAAACACUCCUUAAUCACAACCCAUUUGCUGUAUUUCAUUCAUAAUGUCGGACUGUAAAGUGGAUUAUUUGCAUUUAAACUCUAAUAUGUACAAGUCAUCAUCUUUGUUGGAAAACUAAAUUGUAAAUGAGCUGAUGGUUAACCUGCUUUUCAGAUGAAGCUCAGAAUGUGGACCACAUAAUUUAUGUCUUACCAGUCUACUGCACAGUUGUUCAAUUACACAAAUGCAUAAUGUGAGACAAUGACUUAGCAGAUGAUUUUCUCUGAUAGAUUUGUCCCUGCUCCUGCACAAAAAGGAGCUGAGAAAUAAGCUCAAGGAGUUUACAUGUAGCUUAAAUUAUUUCUGUUCAUUAUCUCCGUACUUGUCUGAGGUUGUUUAGAAUAGAAAAGUAGAUAAAUAACAUAAAUGUUUAGAAUUUUCCCAUUGUACAAACACUUUGGUGCUCUUAUUUCUUUCUAAUUUAGUUGUUGAUCAGAUGUGAUAUUCACCAAAUUGACUGUUUUCACCCUUGUACAAAAAUGGAUUUGUAGAAAGGACAGAUAAUCCAAUAAAUGCAUCUGUCCCUAAAAUGAUUUAUAAUAUACCUUCUGGAAUUAUAUGAAAGGCCUUUUUUUUUGUCUUCUGAACAUUUUAUGUGCCACUUCAUAAUUAGUAAGCAUUAUAGUUUAUUGCAUCAGGUGUGUACUGAACACCCAAAGUUGCUCAGAGACCUCUAUCGGAUUUUGUUUGAAUAACUAUGACUCAAUAUGAGCUAUAAUCUGGUUCCCAACUGACAGAUUACUACUAAACUACUAAAGGACAAAAAUAUAGUGAUAGUGAAUUUUUAAAGUUGUUAAAGAAGUCACCAGCCUCUUAAAGAGGGAUUUUAUGGAGUGAUCUUUCAAGUUUGUUCAUUAAAAUUGUUUUCAAGGUAUGAA